CUCAGUAGCUUGUUCGGAGGGUUGACAUAUAAAAUCAGAGACUGAUGGAAAUAGAGGCUUAAAUGUUACAAUUUAAGCAUGGCAAUUGGAACAUGUCUUUGGUUUAUGUGCCUUUCAUAAGGUCCCUAGAGGACAGAGGUGAUGCUUUUUGGAAAGGAGGAGCCUAGUCAUGGCAAAUGUGAUCUCCAGUCUCUGCUGGCAGAGUUUUUGUAACCUGGAAAUAAGAUGUAUAGAUGCAUGUAGCUGAAGAUGUAGACAAAAUUUAAAACUUUUAAAUUUGCACAACUCUGGUACUUGAAUGGUGUUGCUCUUGUUAUUAUUAUUGAUGUAGAAAAAGCCAAAAUUUUAAUAGUUAGUUGUAAUUUUUUAAUGCAUACUGCUUAGCUUAUACUAGAACCAGUAGGGCUUUUGAAGCAAAUGUAUGAGUAACACUUCAAACAUAAUUUUCUUAGAUCAUAGCAUUAUCCUAAAGGAAUAGUAAUACACUUUUUUGUGUUGUGUUUUUCUAGUUGUUGUUUUGUUUUUCAUUUGUUUUAAUUUUUUUCUGGUUUUAAAUUUGUGGUACUUAAAUGAAUGCAAUUUACAGUGAGCCUUGCUUUGGGGUUGAAUUGUUGUUUGGAUUAAUGAAACCUGGCCUAAUUGUCUUUUGGUGGUUACUAGUUGCAAGCAUGUGUUCAACCAUACUUAAGAUUUUUCUCAUUGAAAGCUAGUACUUCAAAAUGAGACAAAUCAAAAGAAGUAAUUACUUAAACUUAGAAGUGUAUAUACUAAAUACAGAAAUUAUUACAAAGGCAGGAAAUUGGUCUUUUAAAAAUUGCUUUGGAAUUGUCAGGUUUCACUGUACUUGUGAAAGCUUGGGUUUAUUUCUGAUUUUAGUUGGAGUUCUCUGUGAUUGGCAGUAGCUAGAUAUAGAAAUGUUAUAACUUUUUACCAGGGAAUAAUUUUUUGUUUAAUGACUUAAGAACUCUGAAUGCAGUUUGUCAGAAGGUAGGGACUGGCUUGAGAUGUCUGUUGUAAAAUGCUGUGUCAGAAUAUCAGUUAUCAAUUCAUUGAAAACAAAACAGAAAAAUGAAUUCACAGCUUGUGAGUAUUUUUUAGAGGAAAAUAGUUUUGUUGCUUACAGUCUACUUUGGAGUGAGAAUCAAACCUUUUUAAAUGUUAUUAUUUUUAUGAACUAUAAUAUGGAUCAAUAUGGACAGCACGCCUAGGCAUUUCUAAGUAUUCUGUGGUUUUUUUUAACUUAUAUCAGAAUUUCUGGUUUUAAUACAGAGUAUGAAACCAGUGUACACUCUCCAAAUGCUACGUAACUGCUCUGUUAGUUGCCAGAACUGAGUAUGUACUAUAAACUUCUGUUUCAGUGAAAUUAACUAUUUUAAGAUCAUAUAUGAAAUCAGCCGUUGAAGGCACUCCCUGGAGUCAUUACACCAGCAGAUUCCACAUAACUGAGAUGUAAUUUGUACCCGUAGAUUUUGUUUUGUUUUGUUUUUCAAUCUGUCACUUAAAAAGCCUUCUAUCUCUGUAUCUAAGUCCAGAAAAGGUUUAUUUUUGACAUGAGUUAAGUGUAUGAUAUGUUAUUUUUUUUUGCCAGGAGAGCAAUCCCAAAGAAAGUGUUGUAUAGCCACUUUGAAAUUAGUAAAGCAAAAAGUCUUGCAAUAUCAAUAGGGCCAUGCAUUAUCUAAAUCCUGCAAGUGGGGGAAGGGGACAUAGCAUAAAUUCUGAAAAGACGUGCUUGUCUGUGUACCAAGUAAUUUCAUUUUUACAGUUGGUUUUAUUUUAAAAUUUUCAGCACUGUAUCAGAUGAAAUCUACCUCUAUGGUAAACAUAAGAAUGCAAGUUGGAUUGAUGCAACAUGGCAAAAUAGUUGGAAAAUACAUGUGAUUAUUUAACUGUACAGUUAGGAAGAUUUUAUAUCAAUUCAUAACACUGUAUUUAUUCAAACUACAAAAGUACUUUCAGAUCCUCCCCCUCUCUCCUGAAAGCUGUUUUCUUUGGUCAGGUAUUGAAUAAUUUAUAUCAUGUGAGACUAUUGCACAUGAUGUAUUCAUCCCUUGUUUAGCUCUUACAUUAAUGGUUUGGCAUGCUAGCUGUACAUUGAUAUGGUAGAUGCUUUCCAUUUUUUCUGUACCAACUGUUUAAAUAUAUCUUGUGCCUCAGUAACUACAAAUGGGAAAUGACUUGAAUUAUUCUAUUUCCCUUGAUGGUUUUUAUGCACAGGAAAAGAUUCCUUUUUUAAUAUAUAUCUGUUUGUACAAUAGAUUAAAGAAGAGCUUUAAAAAUGAUUCAGAUAUUUAUGCUAACCUUACUUUCAGCUGGAAAUGCAUGUGGAAUCUGAAAAGUGAAGUUUAGACAUUAGGCUGGCUGUUAGCCACAGGUAUUGAUAGGUAUAAAAUGUUUGACAUUUUUCACCUCUUGAACAGAUUGUAUGGUUUGAGGUGUUGCCAUGUAGCGGGUAGUUUGUAUUCGGCCUUUAAUUAGUUUUGCACUGUAAACUGAAAAUUCUAAGUCAUGUUAUUUAUAUUCUCUUUGGAGAUGGGGGGAAGGCACUGCACUAAUGCAAGAAACUCUUACUUAAGUGCUGAUAAAAGUAUUACUUUGAGAAGACAGUGAGGCAGACUAGGAGAAGGAUUAGUGCUGCAAAGUACUGGCCCAGGCUGGAUUGCUUGGAAAAUCUUGUAAGCUAAUGGUCAGAUAACACUCUGCUGCUGCUUGCUGCUGUGGCUGCUGCACUGUUACAGGGUUUGCUAGAUGAGCAUAAAUCAAAAAGCGGUAAUUCCAUUGAAAAAGCUAAUAUGAGAUAAAGAAUAGAUGGAAUUGAUUUUUUUUUUUUUAAUGUGUCAGAGGGCUUGGUGCACAUACUGAGAUAAUUGUAUGUAUUUUAAGAUGUAGAAACAUUUUAGUAGUUUUACUAUUGAUAAAAUUUCCAAAAUGCAGUAGUUAAAUUGUCUAAAUGACGGAGCCACCAAAACUUUCAUUUCUGUUAGCACUGGGCUGCGGAGCUGAUAUUUUGGGCACUUUUAAAAAGCAUAUUCUCUGAUUCAGAUCUGAAAAACUUUUGGGUGUCAACAGAGAUUGAUAAAAAAAUACAAAGGCACUCCAGCAAUGACCCAGGUGAGUGGCUGCCAGGGAGCCAUAGCCCCGCUUCUCCCAUCGGUGGGCAGAAUAGCAUCAGGAUCCUUUGAGGGUUUGAGACAUGGAGGCUGCUGCUGUUGCUUUAUAUCCUGUGUCUGGUGUGUACCUGGACAGGAGAUGUCAGUUGCCAGUGUCAGGCACCUUACACAACCACUCGAGAACAAGAAGUGCACAAACACCCUGCUCCCAGGUGGGUGAAUUGCAGUAGCACUUUCACAUCGCUGUUGGUCUGAGGAAAGUGAAGUAAAACAUGCACAGGAUCACUCGCGUCUGCCACGGUGUAGAGGGAAGCUGUGCAGCUGCGUUCUGCUUGUGAAGAGAGAGGCAGUUGCUUCCAGAGAGGAGAGACUUCAGCAUGCAAACCUUCAUCUGUUCGGCUUGCACCAUCGUUUUCAUUCCAUGCUGCUGGCCUUCAGAUGGCUGGACAGAUGUCCCAUUCGCAUCAGCAGUACAGUGAUCGUCGGCAGCAGAACAUAAGCGACCAACAGGUUUCUGCCUUAUCGUAUGCUGACCAGAUUCAGCAACCUCUAACAUUAACAAACCAGAGGCGGAUGCCCCAGUCUUUCCGUGAUCCAGCCACUGCUCCGUUGAGGAAACUCUCCGUAGAUUUGAUCAAAACAUACAAGCAUAUUAAUGAGGUUUACUAUGCAAAAAAAAAACGGCGGCAUCAGCAGGGCCAAGGAGAUGAUUCCAGUCACAAAAAGGAGCGAAAAGUUUACAAUGAUGGCUAUGAUGAUGACAACUAUGACUAUAUUGUAAAAAAUGGGGAGAAGUGGAUGGAUCGUUAUGAAAUUGACUCUUUAAUAGGCAAAGGAUCAUUUGGACAGGUUGUAAAGGCUUAUGAUCGAGUGGAACAGGAGUGGGUGGCUAUCAAAAUAAUAAAAAACAAGAAGGCUUUCUUAAACCAAGCCCAGAUUGAAGUGCGACUGCUCGAGCUUAUGAACAAACAUGACACUGAGAUGAAGUACUAUAUAGUGCAUUUGAAGCGCCACUUCAUGUUCCGAAACCAUCUCUGCUUAGUCUUUGAAAUGCUGUCCUACAAUCUGUAUGAUCUGUUGCGGAACACCAACUUCAGAGGUGUCUCAUUGAACCUGACACGAAAAUUCGCACAGCAGAUGUGCACUGCACUGCUUUUUCUGGCGACUCCUGAACUUAGUAUCAUUCACUGUGACCUAAAACCUGAGAAUAUUCUGCUCUGUAACCCCAAACGAAGUGCUAUCAAGAUUGUUGAUUUUGGCAGUUCGUGUCAACUUGGACAGAGGAUAUACCAAUAUAUCCAGAGUCGUUUUUAUCGAUCACCAGAGGUGCUACUGGGAAUGCCUUAUGAUCUUGCAAUUGAUAUGUGGUCCCUUGGGUGUAUUUUAGUUGAGAUGCACACUGGAGAGCCCCUUUUUAGUGGGGCAAAUGAGGUGGAUCAAAUGAAUAAAAUAGUGGAAGUUCUGGGGAUACCACCAACCCACAUCCUUGACCAAGCACCAAAAGCAAGAAAGUUCUUUGAGAAGUUGCCAGAUGGCACUUGGAACUUGAAGAAGACCAAAGAUGGAAAAAGGGAAUACAAACCACCCGGAACUCGUAAACUUCACAAUAUACUAGGAGUUGAAACAGGAGGACCAGGUGGACGUCGUGCUGGGGAAUCGGGUCAUACUGUAGCUGACUACUUGAAGUUCAAAGACCUCAUCUUAAGGAUGCUUGAUUAUGACCCUAAGACACGAAUUCAACCUUAUUAUGCCCUGCAGCAUAGUUUCUUUAAGAAAACAGCAGACGAAGGUACAAACACGAGUAACAGUGUGUCUACGAGUCCUGCCAUGGAGCAGUCACAGUCUUCAGGAACCACCUCUAGUACAUCUUCAAGCUCAGGUGGAUCUUCUGGAACAAGCAACAGUGGAAGGGCACGGUCAGACCCCACACACCAGCAUCGACAUAGUGGUGGACACUUCACUGCUGCUGUUCAAGCUAUGGACUGUGAAACACACAGCCCACAGGUUCGACAACAGUUUCCUCCUCCGAUUGGUUGGUCAGCCACUGAAGCUCCUACACAGGUCACCGUUGAAAACCAUCCAGUUCAAGAAACCACCUUCCAUGUAGCCCCUCAACAACAGAAUGCAUUACAUCAUCAUCAUGGAAAUAGCUCUCACCACCACCACCAUCACCACCACCACCACCACCAUCAUGGACAGCAAGCCUUGGGUAGCCGGACCAGGCCGAGAGUCUACAAUUCUCCAACAAACAGCUCCUCCACCCAGGAUUCUAUGGAGGUGGGCCACAGUCACCACUCCAUGACAUCCCUGUCUUCCUCAACUACUUCUUCCUCUACAUCUUCCUCCUCUACUGGUAACCAAGGCAAUCAGGCCUAUCAGAACCGCCCAGUGGCUGCUAAUACCUUGGACUUUGGACAAAAUGGAGCUAUGGACAUGAAUUUAACAGUCUACUCUAAUCCGCGCCAAGAAACUGGCAUAGCUGGACAUCCGACAUACCAGUUUUCUGCUAAUACAGGUCCUGCUCAUUACAUGACUGAAGGACACCUUGCGAUGAGGCAAGGAAUUGAUAGAGAAGAGUCUCCCAUGACAGGAGUUUGUGUUCAGCAAAGUCCUGUGGCUAGCUCGUGACUAAACUGAAACUAAGUUUGUUUCUUGUGUGUUUUUAUAGAAGUGGUGUUUUUCCAAAAACAAAGUGCAAAGCUGCUUGAAUCAGAAGGAGAUAAACUUACUGAACCGCUACAGGAGGGCAAAGCUGACUAUUUUUUUAAACUUGAAAAGAUUGCAAAGGGACAAUGAAGUUUUUUUUGUUGGUUUUGGGUUUUUUUUGGUUGGAUUUUUUUUUUUUUUAAGAUCCGUGUCCGGACCCACCUUAACGGAUAGCUUAGUGGUAUUCACCUUUUGCUUCCCCCGUUUUAACUUGCCACAACCUAGUCAUAGUUUGGUUUUUUUGGGGAGGGUUUUUUUGGUCUCAUUCAACAGGGGUUCUUGUUCAAAUGUUAGUUGUAGUUGCAAUCUAGUUUCUUUUUAAAGGCAUUGCACAUGAUUUAUAAAAAGGCCCUUUGAAGUUUUUGGGUGGGAGGGGAGUGAGUAAUAUAUACUUUUAUUUUUAAUUUGUUUUUUUUUUUUUUUUAGUUCCCCAAACAACCAUGGGCACAGAAUUGCAGUACUGUAAGAAAGAGGGACCUUCAGAUUACACAAAUAUAUACUCUUCAGCUGUAAAAAGGGACGGUUGUAAUGGAGUUUGUAAGGCACAUUAAGCAUGCUAAGUGGCGGUGAUCAGAACUCUCCUUUUCUGAAUCUACUGAGGAUCAAAGCAGCAAUUGUAAUGGGAUUCUGUGGGUCUCAUAUUUUAGAGACCACAGUCAGUUAGUAUUGAAAUAUGACUGGUUUCAUAACUGAGGUGCACUGAGAAGCAAUCAACGGGUCGGUCCUGGCCAGUCCUGGGGAGGUCUAAGUGGUGGUCUUUGGGAUAACCUUUGGCCUUAUGGAUUUGGACUCUUAAGUUAGAAGAGCCUACCAUUUCAGAUGCAAUCACUUUUGGACAUGCUUUUGCAGACAGUCCUUAAUGCUGAAAACACAGAGAAUGGGUAAUUCAAGAGGCCUUUCUUUUAAAAUAGACUUUUGUGACCCACUUAUUGUAAGGUAUUGCAAGGUCACUUUGCGUGUGUCAUAAAGUUGACUUCCUUAUUGGUUGAAGGUCACAGGAGUAGUGGUUUGCGUUUGAUGGAAAUAGCUACAACUGUGUCCCUUCCUGCUUUUUACUUUUUUCUUUUGCUUUUUCUCGGCACGUGGUUUCUCCACCAUUACUUCUGCACAAAGACGUCUUCUGUUCAUCCUGAACAUUUUUAAAAAUGCAGAAUUUUAUGUGACUGCUUUUUUGCCUCACAAUUAUGCUGUGAAUUUUACAAAAAUUUAUUUUCUUUUUUGAUAAUUUAUUGUACCAAAGCUGUUUUUAUAGCACAUAGAUGUCUGUAACCAAUAAUGUAGCAGUUCUGCACUUUGACACAAGGUGUAACUAGACCAUUUUUAAAUGUCAGUUGAAAAUUAUGGCUGUACUAUUGCUUAAACAAAACUGGAACUGUUGUUGAAUUCAUAGCCAAUACAUUUACAGCAAUCUGUGUACUGAACAUAAUAGGUCGACAUCUACUUCGAGACUAUAACAUCUGUUACAUUAUAAAUGUGUUCAGGCUUCUGAAGGUAAAAGGGACACUAGAUCCAGAAGCUAUGAAACCAGCAGUUGAUCCUUGUAUUCCUUAUUAACAUAAUUGUAAACUUGAAGGCAAGACCUUGAUUGCAUGAACAGGUCCAAAAUAAUAGUCUGAGUAAAGCAAAACACUCACAUGAGACCUGAGGUUAGCAGGCUGUAUUUAACAGGUGCCUAAUUUUGGGGUAAUGCUGCCUUAAUAUAACACAGUCAGCUUGGCAGUUGCAAAAUUUAUGGGCCCAUUCAGAGAUGUAUUUGUAUGAAAAGUAAAAGCUCUGUGAAACACAUGUGAAAGAAUGAGGGUAAUUCAUUGACUGCCCGUCCCAGAUUAAUGUUGUUUGCCCAUUAUAUACUACAGAAGCAGUGAUCUACCUCUGCCAGUAAACCCUUUUAAAAGUUAAUUUAGCAGGAGAUUCAGAGUUCAUAUUGGUCAAUUCCGUGUGGCUAAAUCAUUUUUUCAAACUAAAAGGUGGAAUUUUUUAUACUUAGAGUGGCGGCACAGCAGCUGACUACCCUGUAAAUGGGAACGAAUAAUUGGGAUUGCCAUUUUUUUGUAAAUCGUGAUUUUUUUUUUUAAUCAAGUGAUCCAUAUUCCUUCUGUAUUGACACAUCAACGCUGUGGCUGAAAGUGGGUUUUUUUUGUUUUGGUUUGAUUCUGGUUGUUUUUUGUUUUCGGUUUUUUUUCAGUAAUUCGGAAAAGUUUACAGGAUUUGGAAGGCUGUCACCUCAGAAACAGGACGCUGAGUUUAGCAUUAUAAAAAGGAAUCCAGUACUUACUGCUGUCUAGGAAUAUAAGGGUAAUAUGAAAUCUGGGUAAUUCUUGUGUGCACGGGUUGCCACACCUUAGCAAGCGCCAAAAAAACAUAGCAGUUAAAGAAAAAUAUCUACACAAAGAAGAAAUCAUAAAAUCCAGUGCUUCUGCAUACUGUGUUAUGUUACAGUCCAGUUUUGUGUGCUUUACUACACAGUUUGGUUACAGGACUUCUGUGCAUUGUAAACAUAAACAGCAUGGAAAAGGUUAAAUACCUGUGUUCAGAUUGUAAGAUCUAGUCCGGACUUGCUGUGUAUAUUGUAACGUUAAAUGAAAAGACAAGCCCUUUGUAUUAUAGUCAUGCAGUCUUAUGUAUGAUAAACAGUUGAAUAAUUUGUCCUCA